UAAAUCCACUUCCCCUCACCCCCAGUCACACCGUGGGUUGGCAUCACCACGCGCAAGGGGGGGAGCAGCGCCGACUUAUAACCUGUCGAAACAUGCCUGGCGUCGGUUUAAGUUUAGUUUUGGCCUACCUGGAGAGCGCAUUCAUUGGAAAGAGAACUUCUUGGAUGGAAAGAAGUAGGUUAGAAACCGUUGCGAGUCGGAUGAGAGUGCGCAAAAGGGAAGUUUCUAAGGCGAAAAAGGGAGACACAACGGAGAAAGAUUCCAAUCAGUUUCUUUCUCCGAUUCCGGCGUGUUCCAAUGGCCGCAGCUGAAAAUUUUUACUCUUGUGUUUUUUAUGAGGAAAACAAAUCAGCUAUCCCACUGGCCCAGUGUGAAUCAGAUCGAUCACCUCUUUUAACACUCUUGACAACAUGAUGCCAGAAGAACAGGAAAAGACAAAGUGGCAGAGGUUCGUUGACUAUGUCAAGCCUCCACCCAUGCCACUAGCAGAACACCGUACACUGAAAGAACGCUUGCAGUUCUUGAAGGAUCCAAAGUUUUUGAAGGUGUUACUACUGGGUCAAUGUAAGUAGAUCGAUCGCCUCCUUUGUUUUUUUCAUUCGACCCCUCUUU